AUGGCGGCGCGGGCGCGGGCGACCAUCUGGGCCGGCCCAGCGGCCACGGCCAUCGCCGUGCAAGGCGUGCGCUGUACCAUGCUUGGCACCGCCCAUGCCCUGUCUUUGAUCCAACGCCACAAAGGCGUCGCAAUGACACCCGAUAACCACGACUCAGCGAUACGUGUCAUGGGCCACUUGAACCAAGGUGCAACCUGCUGCCACGCGAUCGCCAUCAAUCACGCUGGUCGCUGCAACCACCGUUCACAUGCUCAUGGCGUCACCAAGCCCGCGCUGCGCAGCCGCAGCCUCAUGGAUUACUCGACACCCGUGGGUCGCAUUCGCUCCGCCAGCCUCUCGUGA